CUGAGAGUUUUAAAGUAAUAAGCUCUAUAUUAAAAAGAAAAUCGUUAACAUAUCAGUCUGGGACAAAUAGCUUAGUUUUCACGUGGUAACCAUAGUAAAGCUUUACUCAACAUGAAACAUUGCUUACAAUAAAGCAAGCUAAAACAAAAUGGCUGCCAAUCUAAUUAACAAUCUGCUGACCAAACUCAGACCUUGGAGGCUCAUCAAAUGUAAUAUCACCCCGGUCAUUUCAUAGCACAAGGAAAUUGUUCUGCUUCCAUGCUUAUCACUUUUAGCGGUUAUAGCAGGGGAAUGGUAACCUUGCCACUUGCUAGCACCCCACCCAAAGGACAGGAAAACUGUACAAGAAAUUCUCUAUGAAUUUACCCAGGUGCUUACAGCAAAGGUAUAGGAAGUUUCCAUUUUUUGCUGGUAGAUGAAAGCUAAAAACCAGUCUCCCACAAAAACAGAGAGAGUUGGGAGGCAUGUACUCGCCAAAGCAAAAUCCUCUUGACGGAACGAAAGAGUAAGCAGUUACACAUAGUCCUGUAGUAUUCGGUAUACCUGUGUAGCGCCCGCAUUGCAUGUUGGGGCACGUGUUUGUAACUGAGUUGAGUGAGUCGCCAUCUUGAAUAAAACGUUGAGUUUGUACACUCGGUUUUCCCUCUCACUACGAGCGGAUACUACCUGGUGGCAGCGUUUUAAAAGCAGAAAUGCUGGACCCAGAAGAUGCCUCUAGCUCUCAUAAACUCCGAAUACAGUUUCCUCUUCCGGAAAAGUUCGCUUCGGGCAAACAGGGCCUCGAGCAAAUUGAGAACUGGACGAAAUGGAUCAAGAGAUUUGAACGGUACAGGACUGCUUCGGGACUCAAAGACAAGACGGAUACCGAGCAGGUCAGCACUCUACUCUACGCUAUGGGAGACUGUGCAGAUGAUAUUUUAGCGACGUUGAAAGUCGACGAAUCGAAGGCGAGUUAUAGUGAGAUGAAAACGGCACUCGAGACGUAUUUUGGCGCACGCCGAAACGUUGUUGUGGACAGGGCUCGAUUCAACAGGCGAGUUCAGAAGCCAGCAAAAUUUGGGCUUGCCGAGCCAUCGUACUACUACUACUUGAAUCAAAGUGGGACAUACACAGUAGAUGGCACAGAUGAUGUAAAAGAAUAUGAAGAGACAAGAAAAGCCAUGGAUGUUAUUGGCAUCAGUGAUGAGAUUCAAGCAGAUGUGCUGGCUCUAGUUGCUGGUGUACUACAUUUAGGAAAUAUAUCCUUUAGGGAAGAUGGAAAUUAUGCUGUUCCUUUAGAUGAGGAAUUUUUAUCAUAUCCUGCAUAUCUUUUUGCUGUUGAUGCUGAGUUACUAAAGGAGAAAUUGACAAGUCGUGUGAUGGACAGCAAAUGGGGAGGGAAGACAGAAACAAUCAACAUGCGACUCAAUGUUGAACAGGCAUGUUACACAAGAGAUGCACUGGCAAAGGCAUUAUACACUAGAAUGUUUGAUUACUUGGUGCAGGCUGUCAACAAGGCCAUGCAGAAAGAUGUGGAAGAACUAACAAUAGGUGUUUUGGACAUCUACGGAUUUGAAAUUUUUCAGAAAAAUGGCUUUGAGCAAUUCUGCAUCAACUUUGUGAACGAAAAGCUUCAACAGAUUUUCAUUGAGCUUACACUAAAGGCAGAACAGGAAGAGUACGUGGAAGAAGGCAUUCAGUGGACGCCCAUUGAUUACUUCAACAACAAGAUCGUGUGUGACCUCAUCGAGUCUAAGCGACCGCCAGGUAUUAUGUGUGUGGUCGACGAUGUUUGUGCCACAAUGCACGCUGUCGGAGAAGGGGCGGAUACAACAUUAUUAGAGAAACUGAACAACUCGGUAGGCAGCCACCAGCAUUUCCAAGGUGUUAGCGGUGGAUUCAUCAUCCAUCAUUACGCGGGAAAGGUCAGCUACGACAUUGAUGGCUUUUGUGAGCGAAAUCGUGACGUUCUUUUCAAGGAUCUUAUAGAGCUGAUGCAGAGUAGUGACAUCCCGUUCAUCCGGACGCUGUUCCCAGAUGACGUGAAAGCUGAGAUGAGAGGUCGACCAACGACAGCUAGUAAUAAAAUCAAGACUCAAGCAAACUUGCUCGUGGAUAAGCUCAUGAGGUGUACACCUCACUACAUCCGCUGCAUCAAACCAAACGAGACCAAGCGUGCGCAUGACUGGGAAGGAGACCGCUGCAAACAUCAAGUGGAGUACCUCGGACUCAAGGAGAACAUUCGGGUGCGACGCGCGGGAUUCGCGUACCGAAGACCCUUUGAUAAGUUCCUACAAAGGUAUGCUAUCCUGACGAAGGAGACAUGGCCGCGAUGGACUGGAGACGUCAAGAGAGGCAUCACACACCUCAUGAACGCUGUGAACAUGGAGCCGGACCAGUGGCAGAUGGGCAAGGGGAAGGUGUUCAUUAAGGCGCCCGAGUCGCUUUUCCUUCUGGAAGAACUUCGUGAGCGCAAGUUUGAUGGCUAUGCACGCCGUAUUCAGAAAGCUUACCGCUUGUACAAGAAUAGACAGUACUUUGCCGAGCUCAAACAACAAGCGACUGACAUCUUUUUCAACAAGAAGGAAAGGCAGAGAGGAAGUAUUAACCGCAACUUUGUGGGAGACUACAUCGGCUACGACGAGAAUCCUGCGCUUCGAGCGUUGGUCGAGAAACGAGAGCGAAUCGAGUUUGCAGUGACGGUUAGCAAGUACGACCGCCGGUUUAAGGCAACCAAGCGUGACCUGUUACUCUCAAGCAAACACAUAUAUCUUAUCGGCAGGGAAAAGGUCAAAAAGGGCCCUGAAAAGGGGAGAGUUUACGAAGUGGUCAAACGCAAACUGGAAAUGAAGACUGUUGGUCACGUGUCUGUCAGUCACUUGCAGGACGGCUUCGUGGUGCUCCACAUCCCAAGCGAGUACGACAGCGUGUUAGACACCGUGUUCAAGACUGAAUUCAUCACCCUGCUCUCUUCCAAGUACAAGGACGCAACAGGACGCGACCUCAAAGUCGAGUUCAUGAACAACAUCACGUUUACCGUGAAGAAGGAAGGUUGGGGCGGUGGCGGUACAAGGUUGCUGGCUUUCAGCAAAAGCGGCAUCGAUUUUACGACCGUAAAGCCUUCUGGGAAGACUCUCAACAUCUCUGUGCCCGCAGGACUUCCGCCUGACACGAGACCUGGUCGCUCAGCUGGCUCGAGUCCAAUUAAGCCACACCGAGCAGCGCCUGGAGCGCCCUCAGCCGCCCAUUACGACAAACCACAGCAUAGGAACAGGAGCGCAUCCAACGCCUUCCGCCAGUCCGCAAAACAGCCCUCGCUGCCUCGCUCUGGUGCGCGAAAUCUUGCUCGGGGUCAAGCAAAUGUGGACACUACCUUCAUGCAGACCCCGGAGUCAGGCGUGUGUGGAUUUAACCGCAUGAAUCCUGCACACGGCAAAGUCCCGCGGAUUCCAAACCGGCAGUGCGUGUCAUACUCGGCCGGCACAGGCAAGGUAGUCGAGCGGGUCAAACCAGCUCGAGCCAAAGCCGCCUCGUUCGGCGAAGGGGACAAAGCGGAAGGUGCGCCAGGCGGAGAACUGAGGUAUGGCGGAGCGGCAGAGUACCAGCGGUGCUACUUGUCCCAAAAGGAAUACCAGGAGGCUGUCCGACAGGCAAAUACGGCGAAACAAGCAAAAGAACAGCAGUACAGUGAGUCCGAGUACGCAAGGGCAGUGGCACAGGCACAGCAGCGCGUCUAUGGAACAGUGGACUCUAAACGGCAUAGGAACCAGCGAGACAGCUACGAAGCCUAUUACGGUCACAUCAGAGAACAUCUCCAGGCAGCCGCGUCUGCAGAGAGAGAAAGCGGACAAAAUCAAUCCACGAAGUAUCCCCAACAUAACGACAGUUCAGGCCGUCCAAGGCGUCCUGCUACCGCUCAUGAGCUCGGCUCUACAGCUAAACACAAUGGAUCGCCACGGCCUUCAGCAGAUUAUAUGUAUGGUACAAUGGAGCGAGUGCCUACUGCCCAGCAGCUGAUUGCAGUCAGAGCAUCACAAGUACAAUAUUCAACGUCACAGCUGAAUCAAGUGGAAAGCCGGGUCUAUGAUAUCCCCCAAGCGAACCGCCCAAGGCGCCCAGCUACAGCCAAUGAGCUAUCCUCAAAUGAUUACGGAUUUUCUCAACAUAACACUUCUGACGUGGGGCGUGGUUACAGUACAACACGUUCUUGCAGAACGACCCAACAGCUCGAGUUUUCCAGACACGCUGCGGGCACUAAUGUCCACUACAUUAAAGUUGACGACAUGGACCUACCAAGGCGCCCUGAUGUCUAUUCUAGCGGUAAGCUACCAACUGAGCCCAACCUCGCGCCCGGUUACCGCACAAAGAGUUAUCGGAUGGCAAUGCUUCGCCCUAAACGCAACGCGGCGAGACAGUCAGGGUAUGACGCUAUUGAUGAAAUGUCCUUAAUGAACGGAAGACACACAUCGCCUGAGAAGGGGUCUAAUGUCCUCACUGUCGCUACUCAGAUCACGCCCACCCCGACCAAGAACCGCUCAAAGGGCAACCUCCACGAUGAUGAUUACGUAGAUAUGUCAAGCCUCCCUCACCCGCCGCUCGAGUGGUGUGAUGACCAGGAAGACAAUCAAACAAAACUUGACUUGUGGCAAACAGGCAAAAGUAACAAGAGUUCAGCCGCCUUUUCAACGACGAUUACCAACAAACAGUUAACCGGCAUGGCAAAGUUUGUGAAAAGGAAAGGUUUGCCAAGAGAAACUUCUUCUUCAUCAAACUCCCUCCAUAUGUCGGCAAACGCACAGUCCUCGUGUUCACCAAGUGAAAACGUUUUUCCGUUGACGAAUGCGAAGUCUUCUGGUUUCAUCCCGCACACACCAGCAGCUGAUCGUGGUGGCGUCUUACUUACGUUAUUUCCGGUGGAAUCUGCUCAUCCCGGUCAAUCUUCGAAAGCCUUGGAUAUGUGCAGAUGUUCUAACAAGCCUUCUGACUUUUCCAAGCGCCAGCACGAAGUGGCGAAGAUCAACGGAAAGCGGAGCGCGUUCAGCCUGGCUUUCCCUGCUAAUGGCGUGACUACUGUUGAACGCAAUGGAAUAGUUGAGACUACUUUCCAGGGAAAACAAGUUCUCCCUUCGAAGAACACCCUAGCACCAAGUUCCAAGGAGGGUGGAGAGUCCGUGUCUCGACGAAACUCCACCGAGAAGAAAAACAAAGACCCCGAUGAGAAUCUUAAUAGGCACACCGUCGUCAAGCGAGAUUCCAUCGAGAGAAAAGAGAGCCCAGCGCAGUUCAACGGAAAUGAGCAAAAAGUUCAAAGGCAAAAUUCUGUGGGGAAAAAUGAGAGAUCCUCAGAAUUGACAGGAAGUGGACAGGUUAUCGGGAGGCAGAAUUCAUCGAAGAAGAAGGAUGGAGCGUCAGAAUUAACGGGAAAUGGACAGGGAACAGUGAGGCGGAAUUCAUCGGGAAAGAGGGAGAGAGUAUCAGAGCUCAACGAGAAUGGUGAACCUGGGCUGCGGCGGAAUUCUGCCGGAAAGAAAGGAAAAGCUCCCCCAGUCCCUGCAGGGAAAAAACCGUUCGCUUCUGAAAGCCCUUCGAAAAGGAAAGAAGUCUUGGAGAAUCUGAAAGCCCGUAUGAACAGUAAUGGCUUGAACAUCCUUCCUGAUCAAGCAACCUCUUCUGUCACUGAUAACAUUCAAGAGUUCAGCUCCCAGAACACAGACGGUCCACUUACUGACGUUCCACUCACUGACGAGGCAAUUACGCCGCUCAAUAGGACCCUGAGCCAGUCAAGUGUGACGAGACCUGAAUGGCCCGCGCCGCCGCCUCCAUUGGAGUUCCUCGAUGAAUCCACGUGCAAACCUGCCGCAAGAAAUGCUUCCACAAUGAACGAGGAAAUCACAGCAGCUCGUAGCAACCUAAAAAGUAUCACAUCAGCAAAGUCCAUGCCCGAUAUCGCCAGCAUAGAGAGACCGCCCUCCUUACGGCAGCGUAAGAAGUCUUGUGGGGAUGGGUUAAUGGAGGCUGGUGGUGACGAUGGGCCAACUGUGUCAACUGGAGGCACGGCCGAGCUCGUACAGUACCUCAAACUUAUCGCUCAGCGACGACGCAGCACUUAUUGCUCAUCGGACGAAACCUUGGACUCAUUCGACGACGAAUCAGUCAUUCAAACACCAGACAGCGACCAAAAGCCAGAUCAUAGAUGUUACGAUAGCAGGCUGCACUACUCGGAGGAAGAUUACUUUAGCGAUGAAGACGACGACGAGUUUGACGAUUUCGACGAGGAAGAGGAGAGUGUUCAGAGAGAGACGUCAAAGAAAACCCGAGGGGUGAAGAAGCCUCCUAUCCCUGGCAAACCCCGCCUGGCUCCCAAACCGACCCCAAGUCUGCCCAAGUGCAAGACGCUGUAUGCGUAUGACGCCUCGGACGUGGAUGAGUUAUCCUUUCAAGCAGACGCCAUUAUCGAGAUCAUCAAAGAGGACCCAUCUGGGUGGUGGACGGGGAAGUUAGGCGGACGAGAAGGACUCUUCCCAUCAAAUUACAUCGAGAAAAUUUAAGUCGCUCAACACCUAACCGUUCGUGCAGUUUCAUAAAGGCUCUGGGUUUACUGGGCCUGUAUCUGAUUGUCUGUUUGAGUAGCAGCUACCGACGAUUUGUCUUAUCAGCAUUUCACGUUAUUGAAACAAGCACUCCAGAUAGUACUUGCAUUCGUUCACGUGUGAUUGGUAUUUAAUUCUAACCAAUUUCUUCGGUUGCAUUUUUGUGAAUACAGUAUUUGAAUAUGACUAUUUUGUGUCGAAGAAUGAACAAAAAAAAUUAGAGCAUACAUGUCAUCAAAAUGAAAGGACAUUUUAAAGUAAUUUUGAGCAAAUGACUAUCCGUAUCCUAGUGGUGAUCGAUAUACUUAAAGUAGCAAAUAAAAUGUGCUUUGUAAAAAUCAACAUGAAGACUAAUAAAAUUAUUAUAAGUGAA